AGAGAGAGAAAAUUUACAGCUAUUCGCUGGGAAAACGAGCCAGGCUGUGAUCAUUUCAGUCGCAGAACCUAGAAAUGGCGGCCGCAUUGCAUACGCUGUUCGUGAAAACGCUAUUUGCUGGAAGGUUUCCACUGCAACCAACGCAAGUCAGUGAAAUCCGGGCAGUUUUUGGUUCGAAGCAGACAUUUGUCGUGAUAGCAGAUGUGGUUUUGGUAUGAAGAAGGUUCUCAAUCAGUGAUAAGUGUAAGGUGUUAUUUUGUGGUUACAUGUUCUCUUUCUUGUGGGCGAAUGGAAAAUUUGGUUACAUAAGUGUUUUUGGCAUUUGCUGGAGAAAAUUCUGUGUGCGAUGGUUUUGCUAUGAAGGUGGUGUAUAAAAAAGAAAAUAGGAAAAUAAUAAAUGCUAAUGAGCGGAAUGGGUUUCGUUGAUGCGUAUUAAAUGAACAAAAGAAAUGGAACCAUUUCUUGUCAUGUUUUUAAACAAGUAAAUAGUGUACGGGCAAUUCACCUAACGUAAUAUACCAAAAACAAUCCACUGGAAGUUUUGACAACUAGAGGUUAUAUAAUUUGUAACCUUCAAUUUCUCCGUUUACGCACCAUCAGACAUUGGUAGCAGCAAAGGAGACUGUCAAGAACGGCCAAUCCUCAUCGCGUGGUCGAGCGAAAUCAAAUAUUUGUUUUGGCACGAAACGAAUCAUUUUCUACACGAGACACCGAGUAGCAAGAGCGGGACACAUAAACUCAAUCAAUUUCGGAAUGAUUGUUCAAUGAAACGGACAACGAGCAGAUCAAAGCGAACCGGAAACUACCCGAAAGCAACACCCAUAGUAACCCGGUCUAUUGUGACACCAUCAUCGAUCGUUGGCUAACAGUGCUGACUAAAACCGACACAUUGGCAGUCUGGCAGAGCUGAACCGAGGUGGGGACAAGGUUGUUACCAACCGAACCCCAAUUAGUGCUAUCCAUUAAUUGCGGCCAUCCGCCACCGCACUGUCAAGCACCGGUUCCUUAGCAGGUCAGAACAUCCAGAAUGGUAGCAUCGUUUCUCCAACAGGAGGUCAAUCUAUCUCGCCGUGCAUGUAGGAGACUCCCAGAGGAUAACCACAACCACCACGAUGUAAACCCACUACCCACUGGUGCUAAUAACCCAACGCCUGAAAAAUCGACCCAAGAAAAUGUUUUUAAUCAACAACGCAUUGUAAAUAGUGAGAUGGCCAGUAGCACAGUAGCGACUAGUGAAGAUCUUAUACUUACGGGUAAUUCCAUGUUCUCUUAUAGCGAAACGCGAGCAGUGAAUGAAAAAGUGAAGAGUUCCGACAGUUACCGGCUAGUAUUCAGUUGUGAUUUUAUUGCGCAAAUUUUAUUGUUAGUUAAAAAUUUAGUUAUGAACUCGAUCUGUAAUCUUGGCCGGUUGGCCAGUUCCGGCAGAAGCCGUAGUAGUUUUAUCAGAGGGCUAGGUAAAGUGUAUAUGUGCGUGAUUGUAGUCAGUAUACUGUUGGGAGACGGCGGUGGUUUGGUGUUAGCUAGGCCCAAUCGAAGCAAUGUGGCAACGGGUGAAGAAAGCGUAGCAGCUGUGAUUUCCGAGCAUCUGGUUGUGGACAGGAACACUCCGUAUCCGGGUAUGAAUUUCGAGUCCUUAGGACCGAGCGAGAGUCAAUUGAAGCGUUCCGCUGAGUUAGCGUCUAUUGUAUCGUCAACAGUGCCAUCGGAAGGCGCUGCCGGUGGCGGUGGCUACAGUCUUGGCAGCGUGCCAAAACGGGACUCCGGUCACAGUGAAUUGGCAAGUGAAGACGAUGGUCAUGGUGAGGGUCAUGAAGUCAACCGGUAUCCGGUGGCACAAGUGGAGUUUUCACGCGUCGAGACACCGUUUGUGAUCGGUGUGUGGAUUCUGUCAGCAAGCAUAGCGAAAAUCGGGUUCCACAUGACGCCUAAACUGAGCAAAAUGUUCCCAGAAUCCUGCCUGCUGAUCGUCGUUGGCGUCAUCAUCGGAGUGCUGCUGCGAUUCGCCACCAACUUGCACGUUUCGCCGCUAACCCCGAACACGUUCUUUUUCUACAUGUUGCCACCGAUUAUCCUCGAUGCGGGAUAUUUUAUGCCAAAUCGGAUGUUUUUCGACAACAUCGGCACUAUCCUACUAAUGGCUGUGAUCGGUACAAUAUUCAAUAUUGCUACCAUAGGUGUUUCUCUGUGGGCGUGCGGGUUGACUGGUAUUUUCGGGGUAGAUCUUCCAUUUCUACACGUGUUUUUGUUUUCCUCCCUGAUCUCGGCCGUCGACCCUGUCGCAGUGCUGGCGGUGUUCGAGGAAAUCCACGUCAAUGAAGUGCUGUACAUAGUCGUGUUUGGUGAAUCGUUACUAAACGAUGCUGUCACCGUUGUAAUGUAUCACAUGUUUGAAUCGUACGACGAAAUCGGCGCAGAUAAAAUCGAGGCAAUAGACAUCAUUUCGGGUGCUGCCUCAUUCUUUGUGGUUGCCAUCGGCGGAACCGUCAUCGGUGUUAUCUGGGGCUUCCUAACCGGCCUCGUCACACGCUUCACCGACCACGUACGAGUCAUCGAGCCAAUUUUCAUCUUCGUAAUGGCCUACCUGGCGUAUUUGAAUGCGGAGAUUUUCCAUAUGAGCGGAAUAUUGGCUAUCACAUUUUGUGGCAUCACGAUGAAAAACUACGUCGAGCAAAACGUGUCGCACAAAUCGCAUACCACCAUAAAGUAUGCGUUGAAAAUGCUGUCGUCUUCUUCGGAAACGAUCAUAUUUAUGUUCCUGGGUGUGGCCACGAUAAACAACCAGCACAACUGGAAUACCUGGUUUGUCGUAUUGACAAUAGUUUUCUGUUCUGUGUUUAGGAUUAUAGGAGUUUUAAUAUUAUCUGCGCUGGCUAACCGAUUUAGGAUACACAAAUUAUCUAAAGUAGAUCAAUUCGUUAUGUCUUAUGGAGGCCUUCGUGGUGCAGUUGCAUUCGCUUUAGUAUUACUAGUCUCGAAGGAACACAUUCCGCUGCAGCCGAUGUUCGUGACCACAACCAUAGCAGUGAUUUACUUCACAGUAUUUCUGCAGGGCAUUACGAUCAAACCGCUAGUGAGAAUUUUGAACGUGAAGCGGUCGAGUAAACGGAAACCAACGAUGAACGAGCGAAUCCACGAACGGUUCAUGGAUCACACGAUGGCAGGUAUCGAGGAUAUUGUGGGUAAAACAGGCAAUUACAACAUCAGGGAUAAGUUUAAACGAUUUGACAAUAGGUUUAUUCGUCCAUACCUAAUUAAGAACUUACAGGGACCGGAACCGAAAAUUUUGGAAACCUACUCCAAACUUACGAUGCGUGACGCCAUGGAUUACAUGAGACGAAAUCCGUCCACUAUUGGCCAAAUGUCUGGAACCGAAUCGAUGAGUGCUCUGUUCCGAAACUACACCGGUGUCUUCGGUGGAAGGUGCGGAGCGUCAUUUCUAGGCACAUGCCCGAGUUUCUCCAACCUGGAAAACUCCACACGUAAUUUGGACAUGCAGGAACUGGACUACAAUCCGUCGAAGAAGGAUUUGACGGAUGCCAGAAUUCAUCACUUACUAUCGGUAGAGCUGAAACCGUAUCGAAGGACGUCAACCAAUUUGCAGAAUCCGCUAAAAACUGGACACCGAAGACUUAGCUACAGUCGCCAUGCAGUGGACGAUCGGGAUUUAUCCACACAGCAAGUCAACUAUAAAAUGCAGAUGAACAUCAGACGCAUGAUCAGUGAGAAAAAACACCACAAGCGGAGCAAGCGAGUCAAGGACGGCAAACAGCAGAACCACGUCUCGUUCCCGGAGUUCGCGCAGAACGGAUCAGCCAAACAGUUUGCUAACGGUACGAAUGAUAUCGUUAUGACUAAUGAUACAAUUACGAUUACUAACCACCAUCCACCACCACAACCACCAUCUAACGAUUACAAUCGCAAAAAAAAUUAUAUUAACGAAGUUCUGCACGAGGACAACGAGGACGAAGACAAGAUUGCAACUGCUGGGGGCGACGAUUGGGACGGCGGUGGUUUAACAUUUACCGCAAAAUCUUCGCCCGAAUCGCUGGCUAGCGUGCGACAAAGAAGCACCAGUGCGACCACUCUUAUCAAGGCAACCGGUGAGUGUGGCUCCAGUGGCGGUGAUGGCCUGUCGAGCAACGCUGAAACCGCCUGUGCCACCACUAGUAGCAAGAAUAACUCGUUGAUCGCACAAAUCACAAGCCUGCCGGGAUUCGAUCCGACCAAGGCACGCAUUGUCAAGCACGUUACUAGCAAAUUCACUUCUUCUUCUUCGAACAAUACCAUCAGCAACAACAACCAGAUUAAUACUAACAACAUCGGUGGCGGUAAUAGCAGUAGCAGUAUGGACGCUGCUUUUACCGCCGCAUCCGUCCGACCGCCCGAGCGACCGGAUCGACUCAUUCCGACAGCGGCCGAAACAUUCCUUCCCUGGCGGAGGGACAAAUCCUAUCAGAGUUUCGUUGACGAAAAUUCUCAACCACUCAAAAACGAUAAACGUUUGUCGAAGGAUAUGAAGGAUGCAGAAGAGAGCCGCGUAACAACCCCCACCGCCAUAGAAGCAGUGCUGCCAUGGAAGCGGGACGUGGAAGACGAUGAAAGUGGUGCUAUCAAACAGAACGAAUUUCCCUCCUGGGCUUCAAACAAGGAGUAUCUAGCGUACAAUUCACCAAGUGCAACAUUUUUAGGUGGCCUAACACAACCUAAACAGGCUAAGUCCGUAAUAGGUCUGUUCCGGCGGGAGAGUUCCGGUUCCGGUGGUAUCGUGAUCGGCGGGGUAACGGAUUCCGAGACAUCGACCCCUGUCAUGGCGACGACGCCGAUCGGUCGCGUCAAAAAGGAUAAACGAUCGGCCUCGAUCGCGGGCUACAUCACAUUCGAUGGCAGCUCCGGGGACGCCAACGGUGAUCCGCUGGGCGUUUCAAAGGCUGCCGCAGCCGUACCGCAUGCCAAUGCUUUUCCGGUAACCGCCAGCCACAGACGUAACAACAGACGUGGCUCGAUGCUGGAGCUUAGCGGGUACAACACAUCCGAAUUUGUCGAUUUUACCAUUGUAGCCCGUCGCUUGUCGAUGAAAUGCUGCGAGGCGAUCCCAGAAGAAAACUACACCAAAUCGCUGCCCGAACGCGACAGAUACGGAGCCCGUAGAGGACCAACUCUAAUCAAAGCAUCGGGAACGCCCAGAUCGGCCGGCAGCAAUCACAAGUCCAGCAACCCCCAGGCAACCGCCCUUCUGUCAUCCAGUUCGACUGACUCCGAAGAGGACGAAGAAGAAGAUGAGGACUGUGGUGACGAGCAACACCCCAUUUGAGAAAUAUUCAUCUAGGUAGUCGUUACUCCUCCCGCGGUUUUAGCUUCCGCUGCAAUCCCCCGCCGCCUAUACAAACCUUUGCCUUAGUCGACGUAUGUACUUAGAUCGAAUACACAGAUACAGAUUGCGACAGACAGCUUCUCCGGCCGAUCAACAGCAACAGUCGGGAAGUGGUCUUCGGUGUACUUUUUUCCAAGCGCUUCCUCCCACGGUGAGUUUGGUGGUGGAUCGGAUAAACGUGGCGAUCACUGCGUUCCCACGUCAAAAACCUGCAGCAGUAAUCAGUAUACUCGGUAAAGUUAUUUUUAGGUUAUGUACUUUUGAAUGUUUCGUUGAUUUUACCCAAGCCUCCGUUGGGCUGACCAGAGCCGAGAAGGUUAAUCUAAUUGUAGAUGAAUAACCAUAUACUUAUUUAUCGAAGUGUAGUGUUUAAUAUUUUAGGAAGUCACACAGAAAAGUUUUAGAAUUGUAAACCUAAAUGCGGGAACAAUAUUUAGAGAAAAAAGUUAAAGCAAUUAUUGUGAUAGGACAAGUAUAACCCGUACUUAGAACAUUUUUGUUGGAAUGCACAAAUUUUUUAAUACACCAGGAAUCCAUUUUACGUUUCGUACAAACAGAGCUCGUAUUCACAGCUUCACAGCAUACUGCGUCAGCUGUGCUUAGAAACGUAUUAUUUUAGUCAUCUCAACAAAUUCUAAUUUCUGUGCAAAUGUUUCCUGGGAAUUUAGUAAAAAUUAUUGACCAAUUGUUUAACAGCAAAUCAAGUUAGAAGAGUGUUGAUAUAUUUUUGAGACAGAAAAUAAUACAAAAAUUAGAAUAGUCUUGUUGCACAUUUGAGUUGAGAGGCACCCACCUUGAAAGAGUCAUGUGAUCCGCUUAGAAGCAAGCUAGCCUUUAGAGGAAGAAGAAACCGUGACAGUCUUGGCAUGUUUGUUUGCCUCAUUUUCAAUAUCAUUUUUAUCGUGUAAAAUGCACUGAACUGAAGUAAACAUGACUGCAAUGCUCCAUCGAAAAAAAAAAUUAAAUUAUGCGAAUAGAAUGUUAUUCCAUUGGAAACUUAAAAUUAAAUAUUGGCUUGGACGCGCGAUUUUAAAAAUUCAUUAGUGGUGAAUAAUUUUAUUGUAAAGUAUUCAUUAGCGGCUCAUUUUCAUAUGUGAGAAAAAUAGUAAACACCAUAUAUGAUCAUACUGCUGGCUUUAAGUGUAUUUCUCAAAGUACACGUUAGAGGUUUUUAGAUCCUACAUUUCAGAUCUUAGCACCGUCAGUAUUUAAAAUCAUGAAAUUUAAUCAUAUUAUCCCUAAUUGAACUUUCCGACCCUCACUGUGUUUUGUACAUGGAAAUUAAUAUCCAUUGUUUUUCAAACGUUUCAAUUACAUCUUGCUCUCUCUUAUCGGAUUAAAGGUAAUUACUGUGAACGUGAGGAACGAUUUGAUAGUUGUUCAAAUUCAAACUACUUUAAGUCAUGUUGGUUUCAAUGAUAUCUUAAACGAAUAAUUCGAGAGAACGGAAAUAUUUGUAAAUAUACUAUAAAAAUGUUAGCUUAAGCAUAAGAAAGUUUUGAUUGCACUUAGAUAAUUCUUCAAUUUUUACGAUUUUUGACGGCCAAAAUUAAUUCAGUGCCCAAUAUUCAACGUUCGAAUUUUGCCUGACUGCAGCUGGACUGCAACUGAGGCUAAUGUAAGAUGACAAGAAGGGAAAUUAGCCACAGAAAACAAAAAGCAUCACAGUUAUUAACUUGCAAAAAUGUUAGAGUUGCUCUCGUAUUCAAAUCCAACCUAUAAUUUCUCAUUUCUAAAUCUAAAAUAAAUAACUUAAGGAACAACUGAGAUAAUCGCCGAAACAAACAUAUAUGAUAGUUGCAAAAAUCAAAAUUUUAGAGAGGUUAUAAAACAGAAUAGAUCUGAUAUGGAACACAUUUCACACGCUGAAUUAUCUUUUUAAUUGAAGGCUAGAAAAUGAUUAUUCUGCCAUAAUAAUACUGGAAUUUAGUACAUUUAUUCUUCCAUGGACCUGAUUCAAUCAUCGUGACCUUAUUCAAAGAAUUUGAUUCAAUUUUUAAAAACUCAUCAACAUUUUAUUGUCAUCAACCAAUGACCGACUGAAUUCUCAAUAAGCGGUAAAAUAUAUUUUGAAACAACAAGUAAAGCUAGACAAAUUAACAAAAGAUUUUCCAUAUUUUUCCAAAAGAUCAGUUCAUGAGAUUUUUUGAUGGCUUUAAUCUGCUUUGUUAGGUAAUUUUAUUCGAACUUCUAAGCAUGGCUGACGCAAAUCUAAAUUGAAGCAUUAAAUCUCAUGCACUACGUUCGAGUUCGCCAGCCGUUCGUACUUAAAUAGGUGUAAAUAACACAUCAAUAGACAGUAACAACAACAACAAAAUAGAGAGGAAAAAAACAAUAACUACAAGUGCAUCAUUACGUAUGACAGAAUUUAGAGCAUAAACCGAAAGCCAAACGCAUUUAUCUAUAGCUAGCUAUUGACUGUAGUUUAUUCGACUGUCGCUGACUUCCUAAAAUGGCGUAGUAUUUACCUGCUAUUCCCAAAGACAUUAUUAGUUAGAAAAAAAGUGUAGCGAACGUAACGAAAUCAUUACAGUUACAAAUUAACGUACAUAUAGACCACAGAGCAGAACUUUACGCACUUGUUUCAGUUGAUAUGCAGGACAACCAGCGGUAUUAUUAUUCAAUGAAAUAAAAAAAAACAUAAAUCAUAAGUAGCAAAAAGGCAAAAAGGCAUCUACCAGAACAAUAGACAAAGUACCAGAUUACAAUCUUUAGCUGUAGAGUUCCAUUGUCAGACAGUCACUAUUUGGCCCUAUAGGAUCGUAUCACUUUUCAGUAAUAUUUAAAUGAGUUAAAGUAUAUUUCAUUAGCCUAACUAGAACAUAUUAUAUAUUUUUUAUUUAGUAAAAAAAUUUAAAAAAAAGUUUUUUGUUUUUGGUUUUGAGUAUUUCGCUGGUAAGUAUUUCCGUUUUGUUUUCUCCUUUUAUGGUGCUGAUAUUUUUCGCAUAUUAAACCCAGCUCCAGAUAAGCCCAUAUCGCGGGACAAUCUAAAGGCACCUAGUAAAAUUGUGCUUUGCACAUACAUUGACUUUCCUAAAUCUGUACAGUCUCUGGUGAACGAUGUGACAAAACUGAUUCUUCAGGAGGACUUGAAACGAAACCUUAUUGUAAUACGUCAAUCAGCUAAAACCAAUUGCUGGAGUGGCUCGAAUCGUGGAAUCAGCUAGCAACACUUGAGAUCGGGAAGAUCAGCCAAAAUGCAAGAAAAGAAAAAAAACUAAAGCAUUGUGUAGACAGUGCAUACACUAACUAAAAAAGGAUACGAUAUGAAUCGGAACCAACGUGACGGACGGUCAUCUGGAUGAACAACAUCUGCUCCGAAACGACGUCCAUUUUUUGUGCAAGCCUUAGGAAGUUGUUAAACAAAGUGAAUGAGGUGAAUUAUAACACGGAAACUGAAAACAAAUGCAACUUGAAAUCGACUGGUAGUUAAUAAGAGAGAAAAAUAAGAACCUAACCCACGUAGUUUAAAAAUCUAACUAUAUUUUUUCAACUGCAAAGCGACUAACUGAGUGAUUGGACGAAUGGUUUGACCACAGAUGAUGCGUGACGUAUUUUUUACAGCGUAGUUUAUGACUUAUGAUCCAAUUGGCUAUUAAAAUAUGUAAAACAUGUGUAUAUUCUUCAAACAAAAUUCGAAAUUCCAUUCUUUUACGAGAGAUCUCUGACAAAAUUCUAACUAAAAAAAAGUUUAUGCUGAUGUGAUUUCUUGAUGAGAACAGCAAAUGAAUACUUUGAACUAAAAAAAAAAAAAAAGAUCAAGAACGCAAAGUUAAACCAACAUGAGAUUAUAAUUAAUUCAAAUUGUAAGAUACAAUAACAGAACAAUGUUUGCUAUAGAUUAUUCCUAAUAGAAGAAAACUUGUUGCUAAAAUUGGGACGAUGAUGAUGCAGAAACAAAAAAUGUUUUUAAUAAAGCUUUGAAAAGUU